CUACCUCGCGCUUGGCAAUGUCCGUCUCUGCACAUGUUUGCGACAUCUCGCACGUCAGACCGUCACUCGUCAGGCACGCGCUGAAGCCCCCGCCACUGCGUCCAGGACGCAGCAUAAAGGUAGAUCGCGUGUAAGUGUUACGAACGGGCAUGCAAUUACGGGCUUCGCGAGUAGCGGACCAGAAGCCGUGCGAGCCGUGCACAGCCGGCUACACCUGUCAGGCUGUAGCCGGGCCUCAACAGGGCAUAAACGCCAUCACGUGGUUUAUGUUACGGAUUUGAGACGACCUUGUUAGUGGGUAUCCAUACGUGCGCGAAAAGCGGGUGCACCUGCACUUGGACCCGACUUUGGAUCCAGCGCCUGACCCAGUAAUAUUGCCCAGCAGCGCUUUAAGUAAUGGCGUGUGCAACUGUGUAAUAUUAGUAUACUGAGCAUCGUAUAUGAAAAGUUCCAGAAAACUGCAAGUGGGCCACAAGGCUUGCGUGCGCGCACAGGCGCGAUCAACAUCCCGAGCGCGCCUUCAAGGUUUUUGAACAUCAAGCUGAACUGAAGCCUGUCUCAUAUAUUUAGGCUUGCUCGCACAACUCACAUCACGAACGGUGAACCGCCGGUUCAGGAUGGGUUCUCGUUUGCGGCUGGCCCUGGCGGCCUCAGUUAUCGCCUGUUUCUAUGUUGUCGCCCAUGCUGAUCAAGGCGUCGUCGUAGAGCCGGCUACCGCGCUCGUUCGGGAGCUCCUGGACGAGGCCGCGUUGGCUGAGGGCCCUCCACCGCCGCGGAAAGAACGCUGGUCGCGGCCCGCUGACUGGCCCGCCAGGCCUCCCAAGCCCCCACGUGCACCGCGGCUUCCACCUCAGCCCGUCCGGCCGCCGAAACCUCCACGGAACCCUCCCCGGCCGCCGAAGCCGCCGCGGGGCCCGCCGCGGGAGCCUAUGAGCCCGCCACCCCCGCCUCCGCCGCCGCCACCGCCGCCGCUGGAGGAGGAUCCACCACCACCCCCGCUCCGGCCACCACCACCGCGGGUGCCACUCCCUCCUCGGCCUAGCUCCUCGGUCCUUUACAGGACGCCCGCUGCCGGUGGCGGUGACCAACUACUAGCCGGUGGCAACUGCCCGGACGCCCAGGCGAUGCUGGACCAGACCAACGAGUACCGGUCAUGGCACCAGGUGGGGCCGCUGCAGUGGAACGAGGCGCUGGCCGCCAGCUCCACAGCCUAUGCGCAGGUGCUGGCGCAGGACUGCGUCAUGAGGCACGCGGCGGUGCGCGACUUCGGGGAGAACCUGAUGCAGGUCAUCCGCUACCCCGCCUCUGACAACACCUGCAGCGUGGCGGUGCGGGCCUGGUACGGCGAGGUGGCCAUGUACAACUGGCGGGCGCCUGCGCCGUACCGGGACAACUGGGCCAAGGGCAUCGGCCACUUCACACAGCUGGUGUGGCGUGGUACCAGCAGCAUGGGCUGCGGCGUGGCGGUGGCGCCGUACGACAUCAACGUGCCGGGCGCCCGGGGGCUGACGGGCGCCUGCAAGAUUGUGGUGUGCCGCUACAAGGCGCCCGGAAACGUUGCGGACGACAACGCCUUCCUGCGCAACGUCCUGCCGUCUACAAACACAGCCGACACUACUUCCAACUGAGCGGCGUGCGCGGGCCUGUCGGCGAGGCUCCUGGUGGACACCGCAGAGCUGCUGGUCAGCUGCUGGUUGUGUGCCGGUGCAAUACCGGCGCCUGGCGACGUUCCUACGCCCAACGUAUGGAGCUGCUUUGGACCGCAGUUUCAGCUGGUGGGCGGGAGCGUUGCAGGAGCAUAAGAGGUGCAGGUGUUAAUCACUGGUCAUGACUGGCAGCGGGCAUGGCCCCUUCAGGCACGGACUGAGUUGCACGGCAUGCGCAGUGGCAUGUGCAGUUGUUGCACGGGGUGCUUUGGCUUGCAAAGCCUCACACGUGUUCCGGUACUGGUCCAUGAUGCAGCGGGAUGCGUUAGGACAGUUCGAUGUCGACACGGUACGGUAAGACUACUAGCAAUGCACCGUACGGUACAUCAACCCCAGCAAUGGGUGCGAUGCGCAGGCCAGUGCGAUUUUCGCAUUCCACGGCGCGUGCGGCCUUUGCCGGGUGACUGAGCCACUUUUGAAAGCACGGCGCGGCGUGAUUGCCACGUUCGGCGCACUGAGCCCGUUGCAUGUGCAUUUUGAUAGCAUCACGUCUAACGCAGACACAAGUUUGCGCUGAGUUGUGGCGCGUUGGUGCUUGGUUUGAGAACAUGUGAGUAACUACGAAAAAGUGGCGCCUGCUCGACAAAAUCUAAUUGAGACACGGAAGUGUCAGCACUGCUCAACCCCUUCUUUAUUGAAGAAAUGCCCUUAUUCUUCUCUUUAAACUGCUAGUUGACUGGAGAGCGUGCCUGUUUGUUGCGGUUGUGGAUUAUGUGUUUCGUGUUCGACCCGGUGGGUGGCAGUAUACAGAGGCAGCCUUCUAGAGCGGCCUUCUAGAGCGGUGCCAUGUCGAGGAGGGGGAUGAAGAUCAGAAGGCACAAGGGCUCGAGCUGCGCGGCCACAGCCGCCAAUGCUUUCUGAGACGAUGCAACUAGCUUUCUCUGAUAGGCUGUUACUAGUAAUACUUUGGCGCAAACCAUAGAGAGGCUUAGACGUGCUGAGACACAGGCGGUUGACUGUAAUUUGAAGUCCUAAGCAGGGUUAAGAUACGGUAGGUGCUAGGUAAGACGGACGGUGGUGACGGCUGCGGAGGGGCGAGCGAUUCAUUCGUGUUCCCGGGGGUUCGGGCGGACUGGAGUGAAUGUGAGUGAGCGGGGGCAACAAACUAACUGACAAGGCCUGGUGUGGCGGAUUUCCUUGGGCCUGGGUAAAUCCUGGACCCAUGUCCGUUUCGCAGUCGUUGCUGGAGGCCUGGAGCAAGGCCUGGAGCAGCUUUGGAGGCUGCUCGAUUGGCUGUAAAAGCUUUGCUUC